GUAAAAAAAUGCUUUGAUACUUCGUGCUUAUAUUGUAAGCCAAUUCGCCUUCCACAACAUGAAUUUGGUAAUUUAAGUUUUCUCUCAGAUCCAAUCCCUUCAAAAGACAAUACGGACUAUUAUGCAAGCUUUCAACAUGUUUACGGAACUAAGACUACUGAAGAACACAGGCCAACUAACAAAUCUUUAACCGAUGAUGAACAAAAUGAUUAUCAGCAGGCACUGGAAUCAUAUUCAUACUCGUGUGGAGCACCAAUUUUCCCUGAUGAUCAUUAUUUGAAAGAAGUGAUAUUUGUACGUUUGCAAAUUAAUUGUGAUUCACCGAUCGAAAUACUCUAUUAUUCAAGCCGCAAAGCAGGAAAUUAUCCAAUUU